AGAACCGUCCAGACCCUGUUUAGUUUAGUUUAGUUUACCCCCAUAUAGAGAGAGAGAGAGAGAGCGCUUCUUCUGUAUUGAAACAAAAACAACAGCAAGCACCUGAUAGAAACAGAUGCAACCCUGCGGCGGCGUUGGCGGCGGAGGUGGAGGUGGAGUUGGAGGUGGAGGUGGAGGUGGUGAACUGAGUAGAGGACUUGCUCGGUUCAAGUCAGCUCCGUCGACCUGGUUAGAAGCUCUACUAGAAUCAGAAGAAGAAGAAAACGAUCCUCUCAAACCGACGACUCAGUGCUUAACUCAGCUCCUUCCGACUGCCAGUUCAGCACCGCCCUCCGCCGCCGCAAGCUACGUCUCCUCCGCCGAUCCGGGGUUGUUCGACUCCAGAGGUGGUGGCGCCUCCUCGGGAUUGGGUUUCCUCCGCCAGAAUAGCUCUCCGGCUGAGUUUCUUACUCAGAUGAGUUCUUCUGAUAGUUACUUGUCGAAUUUUGGAAUACCUGUCAAUUACGACUUUCUCUCUUCGUCUAUUGAUGUCUCUCCAUCUUCUAAGCGCUCCAGGGAAAUAGAUCCACAACACCCAUCAUCAAAGUUUUCUUCACAAUUGAAAGUAGAGCAAAGUGGGCAGCUACAUGGAGGGAUGAGUGGUUUGUUGGAUGCGGAGAUGGAGAAGCUUUUGGAGGACUCAGUUCCUUGUAGGGUUCGGGCAAAGCGUGGAUGUGCUACCCAUCCUCGCAGUAUAGCUGAAAGGGUUCGGAGGACUCGAAUUAGUGACCGCAUAAGAAAGCUUCAGGAACUUGUGCCCAAUAUGGAUAAGAUGGAGCAAAAGGUUAUAGUUGAAACAGCAGAUGACUGGGCUUACUUGCAGGAGAUCAUGAAGGCAGCAAACUAAUACAGCUGAUAUGUUAGAUGAGGCUGUAGAGUAUGUCAAGUUUCUGCAGAGACAGAUUCAGUGGUGAUGGUCUGCACAAUGGUCCCGCAACUCCCCAAACUGGAUGAAGCUGGAUUCAAUGCCAGGCUUGUAGUAUCACAUUGAGAGACUUGCUAUUGGAUUUUCACUAAUGCUGUUUGGUUGGGAGAUUUGGAAAGGGAAAUGGAAAAGGUAGGUGAAAUAUGAAUAAAACAUACUUACAUUUCAUCUAGUUUUACACAUAUUUUUCUUUUCGUUUUCCAAAUCUCUUCUCAAAUCCCCUCAACUAAACACAGCUUAAGAGUGUAAUUGGGUGUGAAAAUAGGUGUUCAAUCUACUUGUCAUAAAAAAUAAAACAAUUAAAACAAAAUCGAUUGAGAUGCUUAUUUUCUGCAUAUGUAGUUACUGAUAUUGGCUCCAUUCAUAAUUCUAAAGUUAGGUAAUGAUAAUGUCAUUACUUCUAUCAAGUUUCCUUGUAAGUACUAAAGGUUUUGACCUAGGUAAGGGCAAAUUUGAAAUGUGGUCUUAUAACCUCAGAAUAUCUUUAAGAACUGCAGUGCAGUUCAGCCCUCUGAACGUUUAUUUAUGUACAGCGCGUGAAACCACUCAUAAACAUUUGAGUUUUUAUAAAAUAUGAAGAUUGUUCCUAUUAGCGCUCUAUUAAUUAAUUUGGAUCUCAUAUUUUUUAAUUUUUUUAAUUAUAAUAAUAACUUCAAAUGAAAUUAUUAAAAUUGAUAUCAAUAAUUUUGAGGCAUCUCAUCUCACAAUUAAGCUUAUACACAUUAUAUCAUGAGUUAAGAUUUAUAAGAGCAUCCACAAUCAAGCUUACACACUCAUUACAUCAUGAGUUAGGAUUUAUGAGAGUAUUCACCUUCAUCAUCAUCCAUCCAUCUUUUUCAAAUCUCAUCUUCAGAACCUACCCACUUUUAAAAUCUUAAAUAUCUUUUGGCGGUAAUAUUCCGGCAGAAAUGGUGGCAACCAUUUGAUUAUCUAUAUUUCUCCAGUAAUGACAAUGAGUAGAAAUUUUUUCGACAACCACAACUCUAUGAGGCGAGAGGAAUACAACAAUAAAAACUCAAGGGAGGUUCAUAACUUUGAUGGUAUUCUUAGCUUAGAGGGAAUUGGCAUUGUAAGGGUAAGUUUGUUGAAAAAAAUGACAAAAAUAAUAAAAACUUUUCGUCAUUUUUUUCGAGAUUGAACUCCCGAAUAUAUGAUCGAAAUUUGGGAACAGAGGCUCGAAUAUUUUUUUUUGUUGUCUGGGAACAGGUAACCAAACAUUUUUUAUUUAUUUGGGAAUAGAUAACCAAACAUUAUUAAUGAAUUUUUUUCAAACUUUAAAAUUACAAAAUCCAGGUAAGAUAAGGAAGAAUAAUUAAAACUAUCAGAGAAUUUUAAAAAACCUACUUGACAGAUCACAAAUCUAAACUCGUGGAGAUCGCAUAACUUACAAAAGGUUCUACAUUUAUUUUCUCAGGUUAUGAACAAGUAUAUAGAGAUGAAAUAGUAAUCACUUUCAUGGAUUUUGUUAGGAUUUUUGGGAAAGAUGCUUUUUGGGUGUGGGGGUGUGCAUUCAAUUAAUUAGGUGAAAUGUUUUCACGAGGAUAAUUUUGAUAUUAUUUGUAAGAGAAAAUAAAUUUUAAGGAUUUUAGAAUUUAUAAGUGAGGAUCAAAAGAAAUAGAAGAUUCAAAAUAAGUGAUGGGUGCUAAUAGUUACACUCAAUAUAAAUUAUUAAUAUUUCUUAAAUGUCAUUUAUACCCUUAAACCCAUUUUAAACUUGCAUACAAUGGCUUUUUUUUUUUUUUUUUUUUUCCCCUCAAUUCCCCUUUUCCAUGUAAUUGGUUGAGGUGAUUUUUUUUUUAACCCAAAAAAAAAAGAUGUUCUAAGAUGUCAUCACUGUAUUUGGGGGCUUAGACUCCGAGAUAGCCGAUUGCUGGCUUGAUUUAAUUUAAUUCAUAGGAAGGGACCCAUUACCAAAAUACUAAUAGAGCUCAAUCACACACUCUAAAAAAAUUAAGUAUCGAUCAAAAUACAGUGCAAGAUAUUCACACAGGUGAUAUGAAUUGAUGAGUGGGGAUGGCUUUGGUCCUAGGUUGGAAUAUUGUCUAGGCGGGUUAAAUUGAAUUUUAUUGGUGGUUUUCAGUUUUCAGUGGGUACACCCUAAUAUUGGUGUGUGGUGGUGAGCUGCGUUUGGUUUGCUUUGGAUUGGUGGUUUCAAGUGGUAGUGGUGGUUUGGUUGGUUGGUGGCUGUAGUUCAGGUUUCAGAGGAGGGUGUGAAGGAGAAAAAUAUAGGAGAAAUAUCGUAGGUUUCUUAUGAAUCAACCCAAGUGAAAACACUUUGUGGUCAGAGGCAAACAUGGAUUCACAACCACACAUUCAAAUCUUAUCCUUUGUUCUGUUUUUUUUCAACACCAUUGUUCCACGUGAAAGAAAAAAAAAAAUGAAGUAGUUAAUAAAUUUUAAUUAAAAAACACAAAAUUAUAUAAAAUGAUCCAUCGAAUACAUAAUGACAGAAAUUACACUAAAUAUCCACUCGUGGGUGUGAGGUGUGUGGGUUAGAGAGAGAUUGAAAUCACAUGCUAUAUAUAAUUAAUUAUAUAAGUGCUUUCUCAGUCAAAAAAGGGGGGAGGGAGAGAGAGAGAGAGAGAGAGA